ACCAUUGUUCGAGCCCGAUUUACCGGUAUCCGGUUGGACCAGUUCUCAGCCAAAUCGGAGUUCAGUAUGGCCAUGAUCCCAGCAAAACUCUUUCUCUCGGACCUCUUCUUCUCCUCAUCUCUCCUCGACGCUAAAUCUUCCGAUCCUGAAUUCGCAACGAGCACGUCCCCUGAGCAGCUCGGGCUCAACACUCAGAAGCUGACCCACAUUCGGUUCUUCCUGCACGAGAGGAACAAUGCCCCCAACCAGACCGCUGUGCAAGUCGCCCAGGCAGCGACAACGAGCCAGUCACCCUCGUUUUUUGGGGCGGUGGCUGUCAUUGAUGAUCUACUUACUGAGGGCCCUGACAUGGGCUCGAAGCUCAUAGGUAGGCUCCAGGGCAUGACCGCAUCUGCCGAUCAGAGCGAGAUUGCCUUGCUGAUGGCGACCAACUUUGUGUUCACGGCGGGGAAGUAUAACGGCAGCACUUUGACCAUGCUGGGCAGGAACCGGCUGGGUGCCCCUCUCAGGGAGUUGCCGAUUGUUGGCGGAACUGGGCAUUUCCGAUUUGCCCGUGGCUACGUUAAGACCAGUACCCGGAUGUUGGACCGGAAGACCGGGAUUGUACUGGCGGAGUACAACCUUUACGUGCUUCAUUACUACUAGCCGUGCAUAUGUGCACUAUGCUUUCGUAUGAUCAAUUAAUCAACAGUGUCAUUAAUUUCUUGUUUGGUCCAUACUUUUCUCUUUCUUUCAACAGUGCAUUGAUCUUCGGAUGCAAUCCUAAUAAGAAAUUAUGUAUUUCUAGCUAUUUGAGUGUAAAAUGCACCAUCGAUUCAAAUUAA